AACCACUGCGCCACCAGGGAAGUCCCGAGACCCACUUUAUUUCUAUUGAGUCAGUCUGCAGGUGGACUUAGAAGUCUGCAUCAUUAACAAGAUUUGGGGGUGAUUUUUGAGGCCAGUGAUCCCUGGACUAUACUUUGGUCUAAAGACUGUGGUUCCCAGCCCCAGACAACAUCAGUCCUCUAGGUGGUUUUCUAAAAAAUGCUCAGCCCCACCCCUGAAGAUUCUGAUUUAAUUGGCCUGAGGUGGGGUUAGGUAUUAGCACUGCUCCCCAUGUGUUUCUAAUGUGCUUCCAGGGCUAGAAUCACUAGUCUGCGGGUUAAUAAGCCUUAUACUGGGUGUUUGAUGGAGAGAUUUGAAUGGGUAACUGUGAGUAGGAGACUUCAGGCCCUCUGGGAAGCUAAGGCAGGGCCAGUCAUGUUGCCAGGAAUAACAGGAAUCUUUCACAGUAAUAAAAACUCUCCAGUUUAUGUACUUUAUCUCAUUUGAUUACCUCACCUCUCUGGGCCUUCAUUUCCUUGCUUGUAGAGUUAGCAGCUUAAAUUUAAUGGUUUCCUAGAAUCUCUUGGGCUCUUAAUCUUUCUGGUGUUGGAAGAACCUCUAAUCCAGAACAGUGUUCUAGUACGUUGUUUCCUAAUCUCAGUCUUACAACACCCUAAGGUGUGUCAUAAUUGUGGCAAGGGCUGUAGUGAAUGUCUCAAUACCAGUUGAAGGAAAAUGUGUGCCAUAUGCAGUAGCACCUUGGGAAGAUGAGGAUGUUGGGAAACUGAAAUGUGAAGUCAGACCUCCUGGUUCAGAAUUCCUGAGUGGAAGGGCAGUCUGGUUGUUGGAGGCAAGCAGGAGCCUCAGUAUUAGUCUUGGUUCUGGCGAGUUCCCUGUGAAGUGGCAAUAGUGUUAUAUAAACUGUAAAGUUCCUAUAAAUCCACAUGUGUUUAUGUGGCCUGAGAGAAGCAGCCAGCCUGGGCCAAUGGAGCCUGAUUCUCAGGUUUGCCAGCCCCUCUCUGCAGCCAAACUGUUAUUGGGCACCAGAGAUGGUCUGAAUAACCCUAAAGAAUCCAGUGUCUGCAGGAACUGAGGUUACCCUGGAAUAAAUAAUCAGGCACACUCAUUGGAGCACCUCAGAACUAACUUAUUUUGGACAUCAGAUCUAAGACACUCCCUACCCCAUCCCCUGGUUUCUGACUUUAUCCUCAUCUGGACAGCACAGGGUCUGCUUGUUAGUUUAUGUUUUGAAAUGUGAAGAUCCAAAUAAGAAAAGGAAAAAAGUUUUCUGUAUUUCCCUUCUAUAGAAUUGGAAUAAUGAGUUUCCUUCCAUUCCCUUGUAAGUUUUUCCAUUAAUAUUGUCUAUAUCUCUAUUUAGAAUCCAAAUAAAUGCUGGUCUGUCAAAGUUAAGACAAAUGAAGUCAAGCGAGGGAACGCAGAAUUACAGUGAGUGAGCGGAAUUAGAAAAGAGACUCUUUAUUCUGUCAUUUGUGGGUACAUGCACCUGAUGGACUGUUAACUAGUUUCUCCACACGGGCCUCUAAAAUUGGAAUCUUGGGAGGUUAUGGCCAAGCAUUAGUAGUUUCCAAAGUUCCCAAGGUGAUUCUGAUGUCCAGUUACAAUUGAGGACCACUUAGAUUAAAAAAAAAAAAAAAAAAAAGGGUCUGCCAGCUUUCCCCAUGUCUUCUCUUAUUCUCAUCCCCUGCUUGGUGCUUGUCCCUUCCCUGCCUCUCCCCCACCUGUGACUUUCCCCCAGCCUACCUGCCCCUUGGUCCCCUUGCUCACUCCUUGAUCCUCUGCUUCUUCAGCCCUCCUGAGCACUGGAGGAUGAGCUGUGAGGAGGGGUAACCGACCUUCACUUGCCCUGUCUCUGUCCCCUGUGCAUGCAUCCAAUCAGCCUGACGUUUAGGGAUUCAGUGGUCUGCAGGGGCACUCUGAAAAAUUAUGAGGUAAAGCUUGCUGGCCACUGAGGUUGGUGGCAGAAUACUUAACAAACAUGUGUAUUUGCUAUGUUUAAGGCAGUGUUGUAAGAGCUUUACAAAUAUUAACUCAUUUAACCCCUAUAACCCCCAUUUUACUUAUGGGGAAACUGAGACACAGAGGUGGAGGAACCUGGCCAAGGUCACAUGGCUAGUAAGUAGUAGAACUGGGAUUUGAACCCACGUAAAGUCUGGGCUCUGAACCAGCACACUAUGCUAGGUGAAAGGGAGAAGAUCUGGGACUGGGGAUAGUACUAUCUUUGACUACAUUUGAGGCCCGCUUUGAAUUAGGUUUGGAGAUUCUUCUCAGGAUCUGACCUACACUUUAUUAUUAUUAACUUACUUUAAUUACAUUUGCCUUCAGACUUAUUAAAAAACAUUUUAUUUUUCUUCUUUCCUUAGGUGGUGUUUGGAAACUAGACCAUGUGCCUAUAGGUAGAAGUUAUUCCUUUCUCCACAGCUGUACACUCCCAGCAAUAUUCACCACACCCUUGUUUUGAGAACCUCACUGAGUCAGUCCAGCAGCAGUCUGCAGACGGGCAUUUGGAAGCCACUGGACCAGGUCAUUUCUGAGGUCCACUUCAGCUCUAACAUCCUGUGAGUCUUGUUAGAAUGCUUGCAAUGCAAUUCUGUUCUUGGGAAAUGGAAUUUUUGGUUGGGGUGGAAGGGCUUAGACAGGGAGAAGAGAAGCUGCCUCUGGGUGACAGACAUCUUGGGCAGGGCAGGCAGGGACAGGUGUAUCAGCCAGGGUUUGGAGAGGCUUCAAGGAAAGGUUCUGGGAGGGGUGGGAGCAGUGACAACCCCCAUAACAUUGGGAACUAGGUGUGUUAGGCCCUGGGCAUAGAGGUAAAGGAUAUGACCCCAAUUUUCGGGAGACUCACAGACUGAUGAGAAAACUUAGGAUCCCAGCCUACUGUGGGAAGUGCUGCCAUAGAGGAAGGGAGGAAGGGAAGGGCAGAGGACUCAGAGAAGGCAUCCAGGAGGAGGGGCCCUGGAACAGGAGCUUGGGGAUGAGGAGUUCUCGGGCAGAUUUAUGUUUGGGGCCACUCAGGAGGAACAGCUCAAGCUCUGACACCAGUGACUGAAAUGUACCCUGGGAAGUGGCUGGAGAGGUGGACACAGACCAGAUGGGAAUGGCUUCUGCACACUGGAAGAAGAGUUUACUUACUGAAGCCCUUGCCAGCAUCCAGCCAUGGGGGAUAUGAAAACUCCAGAUUUUGAUGACCUUCUGGCUGCCUUUGACAUCCCAGACCCCACCAGCCUUGAUGCCAAGGAGGCCAUCCAGACCCCCAGUGAGGAGAAUGAGAGUCCCCUCAAACCUCCAGGCAUGUGUAUGGAUGAGAAUGUGUCCUUGUCUCACUCAGGAUCAGCCUCAGAUGUGCCAGCCGUGAGUGUCAUCGUCAAGAACACCAGCCGCCAGGAGUCAUUUGAAGCGGAGAAAGACCACGUCGCUCCCAGCCUCCUACACAAUGGAUUCCGGGGCUCGGACCUGCCUCCGGAUCCCCACAACCUAGGCCACAACUGUGGGAAGUUUGAUUCCACUUUCAUGAAUGGAGAUAGUACCAGGAGUUUCCCCGGCAAGCUGGAACCUUCCAAGUCAGAGCCCUUACCAACCUUUAACCAGUUCAGUCCAAUCUCCAGCCCCGAACCCGAGGAUGCCAUCAAAGAUAAUGGGUUUGGGAUAAAGCCCAAGCACGCUGACAGUUACUUCCCACCCCCUCCUGGGUGUGAGUCUGUGGGGGGCCCGGUCCUGGAGGCUCUGACUAAGUUUCCAGUCCCAGAGCUGCAUAUGUUUGAUCACUUUUGUAAGAAAGAGCCCAAGCCAGAACCCCUGCCCCUGGGGAGUCAGCAGGAGCACGAGCAAGGUGGGCAGAAGGCAGUGGAACCUCACAAGGAGCUGGAUACCAGUCGAUUCUUUGGGGAAGCUUUGGAGUUCAACAGCCACCCCGGCCACAGUAUCGGAGAGCCUAAGGGGCUUGCCUCGGAGCUAGGUACCUGCUCGUCAGUGCCCCCUAGGCAGCGUCUUAAGCCAGCUCAUUCCAAGCUGUCCUCUUGUGUUGCAGCCUUGGUGGCCCUGCAGGCUAAACGAGUGGCCAGUGUCACCAAGGAGGAUCAGCCUACCCACACAAAGGAUCCCUCAGGGCCCACAAAAGAGGGCUCCAAAGGCAGCCCCAAAAUGCCCAAGUCACCAAAGAGUCCCCGGAGCCCUCUGGAGGCCACUAGAAAAAGUAUCAAGCCAUCAGACAGCCCUCGGAGCAUCUGCAGUGACAGCAGCAGCAAAGGCUCCCCUUCUGUGGCUGCCAGCUCCCCACCAGCAAUUCCCAAAGUCAGAAUCAAAACCAUUAAGACAUCAUCAGGGGAAAUCAAACGGACUGUCACAAGGAUCCUACCAGACCCUGACGAUCCCAGUAAGUCCCCUGCUGGGUCACCUCUAGGAAGCGCCAUUGCUGAGGCCCCGAGCGAGGUGCAGGAGGAUGAGGUCACUGCCCUGUCUGGGGCAGAGCACUUUCUUGAGGUGGGCACAAAUUCAGGGAGCCCUCAGGGUGACAGGAAGGGGGAUGAGAACAUGACAAAAGCCAGUGAAUCUUCAACUUCUUGCUGCAGCUCUGGGUCCCGGGGCCCAAAGGGGGCUGCCUCGGGCUCACAGAUGGGCAAGAAGCAGCAGCAGAGCACAGCACUGCAGGCAUCCACCCUGGCCCCUGCCAACCUCCUGCCCAAAGCCGUGCACCUGGCCAACCUGAAUCUGGUCCCCCACAGUGUGGCCGCGUCCGUGACGGCCAAGUCCUCAGCACAGAGGCGGAGCCAGCCACAGCUCACGCAGAUGUCGGUGCCCCUGGUCCACCAGGUGAAAAAGGCCGCCCCACUGGUUGUGGAGGUCUUCAACAAGGUCCUCCACAGCUCCAACCCCGUGCCCCUCUACGCUCCAAAUCUCAGCCCGCCUGCGGACAGCAGGAUCCACGUGCCGGCCAGUGGGUACUGCUGCCUGGAGUGUGGGGAUGCGUUUGCCUUAGAGAAGAGCCUGAGCCAGCACUACGGCCGGCGGAGCGUCCACAUCGAGGUGCUGUGCACACUGUGCUCCCAGACGCUGCUCUUCUUCAACAAGUGCAGCCUGCUCCGGCAUGCCCGUGACCACAAGAGCAAGGGUCUCGUCAUGCAGUGCUCUCAGCUGCUUGUGAAGCCCAUCUCUGCGGACCAAAUGUUCGUGUCGGCCCCCGCGAACUCCACGGCACCAGCAACCCCGGCUCCCCCCUCCUCCCCCAAACACGGCCUCACUUCAAGCAGUGCCAGCCCCCCACUCCCAGCUUUGCCGCUCUACCCAGACCCUGUGAGGCUCAUCCGGCACAGUAUCAAGUGUCUCGAAUGUCACAAGCAGAUGCGAGACUACAUGGCUAUGGCUGCACAUUUCCAGAGGAUGACGGAGGAAACCGAGGGGCUGACUUGCCAGGUGUGCCAGAUGCUGCUGCCCAACCAGUGCAGUUUCUGUGCCCACCAGCGGAUCCACGCCCACAAGUCCCCCUACUGUUGUCCAGAGUGUGGAGCCCUCUGUCGCUCUGCCUACUUCCAGACGCAUGUAAAGGAGAAUUGCCUGCACUAUGCCCGCAAGGUGGGCUACAGGUGCAUCCACUGUGGGGUAGUCCACUUGACCUUGGCCUUGCUGAAAAGCCACAUCCAGGAGCGACACUGCCAGGUUUUCCACAAAUGUGCAUUCUGCCCCAUGGCCUUCAAGACUGCCAGUAGCACCGCGGACCACAGCGCCACCCAGCAUCCCACCCAGCCCCACAGACCCUCCCAGCUCAUUUAUAAGUGCUCCUGUGAAAUGGUCUUCAACAAGAAGAGGCACAUUCAGCAGCAUUUUUACCAGAAUGCCAGUAAGGCGCAGGUGGGCGUCUUCAAGUGCCCUGAGUGCCCGCUCUUGUUCCUGCAGAAGCCAGAGUUGAUGCAACAUGUCAAGAGCACCCACGGUGUUCCCCGAAACGUGGACGAGCUGUCAAGCCUCCAGUCUUCAGCAGACACAUCUUCAAGCCGCCCUGGCUCUCGAGUUCCCACUGAACCCCCAGCCACUAAUGUGGCUGCUCGGGGCAGCUCCCUGCCCUCUAGCCGCUGGGGCAGGCCAGAAGCCCAUCGCAGGGGUGAGGCCAGGCCCCGGCUGAGGAACACUGGCUGGACCUGCCAGGAGUGCCAGGAGUGGGUUCCUGAUCGGGAGAGCUAUGUGUCCCACAUGAAAAAGAGCCAUGGUCGGACGUUGAAGCGGUACCCAUGUCGGCAGUGUGAACAGUCCUUCCAUACCCCCAACAGCCUGCGCAAACACAUCCGCAACAACCACGACACAGUAAAGAAAGUCUACACUUGUGGGUAUUGCACAGAGGACAGCCCCAGCUUUCCUCGGCCCUCCCUCCUGGAGAGCCACAUCAGCCUUAUGCAUGGUAUCAGAAACCCUGAUUUGAGCCAGACGUCCAAAGUCAGACCUUCGGGCGGACAUUCCCCUCAGGUGAACCAUCUGAAAAGACCAGUCAGCAGAGCAGGGGAUGCUCCAGACACCAGCAAUGGCGCGACUGUCUCUUCCACCAAAAGGCACAAGUCCCUUUUCCAGUGUGCGAAAUGUAGCUUUGCCACAGACUCAGGGCUCGAGUUUCAGAGCCACAUACCUCAGCACCAGAAGGACAGCUCCACAGCCCAGUGUCUCCUCUGUGGCUUGUGCUACACCUCUGCCAGCUCCCUCAGCCGCCACCUCUUCAUCGUCCACAAGGUGAGAGACCAGGAGGAGGAAGAGGCAGAGGCGGCAGAGCCAGAGGAGGGCUCUGGGGAGGAGGUGUCCGUGGAGACCAGGGAGAACGGACUGGAAGAGUGUGCCGAGGAGCCUCUGUUGGGUGACUCAGAGGCCAGGAGGUCACUGGGCCUGGCCCCUGACGAGGAUGGUGCCCAAGAUGCUCAGAGUCAACCACAGGCCUCUCAGGACCGGGACAGCCACACACCGUCCCCACAGGUGUGACUGGAAGCUUUGCAGUGCGCAGUCGGGUGGUGCCGUGGUGUCCUCCGCCUGCCACGCGGACAGUGGGAAAGAGAAGGCUCCACCCCGGUGUGAGUGUGGCUGGCUGGGCCCUGGAGCAGUGUCUGCCCUGAGCUGCUGGGGGCUGGGUGUCCCCCAGCCCCAGGAGAUGGUGGGGUCGUCCAGGACCCUCACAGCUCUGAAUUUGCUUCUGUUAUUUAUGGCUUUGUGCUGCUUCCUGGUACCCCAACUUUUGUCUGCGUCCUUCCAGCCCCAGGCUGCUUAAGUGGCCCAACCCCGAUGCUGUCACCUCAGCUAGAAACCCCUCAGCAGCUGUGCUCUUCUGGGAGGCUCCCCGCUCGCUGCCUUCAGCCAGAGGCUCCUGACAGCAGCUCUCUUUCUUGCCACUGGAGCCUGAGAAGGGGGAUGAGGGUGCUGGUGCAGUCCCUCUCAGAGAGCUCGCCCAGCCUGGCUUGCAGAGGGCCCUUGGUCACCAUGCCGUUCCUUUCUGUCUUCUCUGAUUCGUUCCCCAAAAAAGAGUCCUGGAGAAUUAAUUGUCACACUGGCCCAUCCUGUCUGUGUGGGGGGAGAAACUUCUGCAGCACACCUCUGUCUGGAACCCGGGAGAGCAGGAAACGCAGCCAAGUCAGGCAGGCACCGAGAGGCAGACCCCCUUCAGAAGGAGCUGUGCGUCCUUGUUCUGCUGCUGUUCUGCCUUUCCUGACGAGCGGGGUUUGGGGCACAGAGACACUGGGAUAUUUGUACUCUUGCUCCUGUGCCAUUAGAGAGGCUGCUGCCCCAGGCAGGCCAGCCCCUCCUCCUCUCGGCUGCACCCGUGUUGCUCAGACUAUAUUUCAAAUAAAAAAAUCUUCUUACCAUGCAGGUAGGCUCUUGUAUUCCUCUUCCAGUGAGCCUGGCCCUACCCUACUCCACCUAAGACUUCCCUCAUUGUCCCAUCUCUGAGGGAGAACAGUGUUUCCUGCUGCCCAAGGACAGUCCUCUCUAGAUUUUGGAGCUGUGGUGUGGAAACCAGGAGCUCAGUACUUCUGAAGGGGUGAGGGGAGGGUCUUAUGCUGGUCAAGAGUCACCUCCAAGUUCUCCCCUGAGCUAGCAGCCUUGGUUUUUAGGGCUUAUUGAAAUUUUCCUGGGCACCUCCAUCUUUCCUACAAACGGUUUUUCAAACUAAGAGAACCCUUUACUGGUGGGAGGAGGGAGAGGGAUAGAAGGGAGGAAUUCUGUACUUUUCUUGCACUGUUCAAGAGGCCUUGAUAUCACCCCUGCCACAGGGAACUCGGGCGUGGCAGAAUUGGGAUUAGACAUGGGAGGCUGGGCUGUCUUUUCUCUGAUGGCAGAGUUAGGACCUGACCUAGCACAAGGAGCCGGCUGUGCAGAGGUGUCCUCUGACCUCUGCUCCGAGUAGCUGCUGCAGCCCUGCAUGGGUGGGAUGUGGGGCUGGGCCCAGCAGGAUCUAGUGCAGCAAAGGGAAGUGGGUGCUGACUGCAUUCUUAGAGGCGAUCCUUCAAGGAAGACAUUGAAUAUCAAUGAUAAAUUAUUAAGUCAGGUAAAUAUGCCUGACCUUUUCACAAUUGAAAAAAAAAUUUCUUCCUCUAUCAAAUGCCAGAUUUUUAGUGGAAAUGCUAAUGGCAUUGGGAAAGGUUAGCGCUUGUUUCAGUUUCAGAGAAACAGUGCUUCUUAAUGAUUGCCAUACCUGGCAAGGCCACCAUGUCCCUGCUUCCCAAGCAGGCAGCGAGGGCAAACCGGGCCUGAUUCCGGCUGCAUGCAGAGCCAGAGCUGGCCCCAACUCAGCUGUCAUCCCUUCCUAAUUCCAGUUGCAGGGUGCCUACCCUGCACCCGGGGCCAUUCACAGGAACAGAUUAUAGAGGAGGCUGAUAGAAGCGUUUGAAAUGGAUGGCCGAACCACUUUCAGAGACAGUAUAGCUGGAGCUGGGGGAGAGGAGGUGGUGAAAUCACAGGUUUGACCUGUCCUGACCUCAGAUCUAUCUCCUUCCUGGGAAUGGUAUGGAGUGGAAAGAAUGUCGAGCCACUCACCAAGAAACCUGGGUCACAGCCUGGGUUCUGCCCUCAACCAGCUCUUAACAAACCCUCUUAACUUCACCAGCCCCUCCCCUUCAAGAUAGACCUAGUAUUUCCCAUCCAACUCGAUUCACAGGCUUUUGUGAGGUGAUAAGUAUGGAAGCAUUUUCUAGUUUAUGAAACACUAUCAAUGUCAGGGAUUAUUGACUAUGAAACACUAUCAAUGUCAGGGUGGAGUGUACCUUGCCGGCUAUUCAGACUUGAUGCUGAUGGUCAGUUAUGAUCGGUCUGGGACAUCUCUCCACUGUUUAGUAAGAGUGAUGAUUAACAGCACUUUAAGUCCUGCUUGUGGGCCCAGCAUCUUUCUAAAAACACUCUGCAGUGAUUCUCACUUUGUCCUCACAGUGAUCUCACAGUUAGCCUCCACUGUACAGAGAAGAAAACCGAGGCUCAGAGAGGUUAAAUAAGUUGCUGGGUGACCUUGUAAGUCAAGCCCAUCUGGUUCUAAAGUCCAUGAUGUCAGCUGCUGUGUUGCCUUAGUGACCCGGCUACUUUGGCUGGCUGCCAGCUUAUCAACAGUUUGCAGCCAUCCAGACAACUGCUUUCCUACCUCCCCUGCAGUUGGGGUGCCCCACUGAGCACCAGGUUCUCUUUGGAGUCAGUCUGUGCCUUUUCACCCCAAGGAGGGCCCUGUGCAUCACAUUUGCUUGUGGCGUUCCAAAGCACGUGCAGUGUCUCUGUGACCUUUCAUUCUCAUUGGGAUUUAUCUUGCCAUUUGAAGAUCAUUAUUUUGGUGAGGCUAUUACAGAAAAAGUGGCCCAACCCUCACAGGGAACAUGGUUCCCUCAGGGUCCAAUAUCUUCUGAUCUUUUUUUUUAAAGAUGUUUUAAAAUAGUUGUGCUAUCAUUUGUUAUCAGAAAAUGCUUGCUGUAACAAGCACUUAUCUGCUGGAGUGAAUGCUCUACUGAUCAAGUUAAACAGAUAAGAUCCCCACCCUUGUAGAAACUACAAUUUAAUACACUCUAAGGCUUGACAAAUGACUAGUAUUUAUUUUCCAACUCCUUUAUCUCUGUAAAAUGAUAUGCCGAAUUACUAUAAGCUAAUUGGUGUAGAAAGAGCUCUUCCCUUAACUUAUGUAAACAGUCUGGCUUUUGAAAACAGCUGUGGUUCAGCAAGUUCAACACACCUUGCCUUCCCCGAGACUGCAGAAAAACCCCUCUGCCUGCCCUGGCCAUCACUGUGUAUUCAGCUCUGGGCACACUUUCUUUUACUUGUUUUUAAUUUUUUUUUUCAUUUUUGGAAAAAAUUAAUACACAUACAUGGUAAGACGUCCAAACAAUGCAAAAAGAGAAUACAAUGAAAAGUAAGCUUCCCAAUGGAGGUCAGCCUUCAGUUCCACAUCCCCCUCUCCAGAAUUAAUCACUGUUUCUAUAUCUUAUGUAUCCUUCCUGAGCAAUUCUAUGCAUUUACAAGUUUUUAAAUAUGUAUAUUUAUAUAUCUAUUUUUAAUACAAAUGGUAGCAUUCUAUACACAGUGUUCUGAAGCUUGCUUUUUUUUUUCACUUAUAUAAUGGAGCUUGUUCUAAAUUCAUCCAGUGGGUCAGUCUAAUUCAUUAAAAGCUCGUAGUACA